AUGGUCGCGUUCUCCUCCAUCUUCCUUGCCCUUGGCACAGCUGCCUCGGUGCUCGCCAACCCGGUCAACUUGACCUCUCCGCUCAACCUUCUCGAGCGCGGCGUUCAGACCUCCCCGGGAACUGGCACUCAUGAUGGUUUCUUCUACUCCUUCUGGACUGAUGGUCAGGGCUCUGUGACAUACAACAACGAAGCCGGUGGUAAAUACUCCGUCUCCUGGAACAACGUAAACAACUUUGUUGCCGGCAAGGGCUGGAAGCCCGGAGCAGGCCGCACCGUCACCUACUCGGGCACCUGGAAUGCCGCGUCCGUCAACAGCUACAUCUCGCUGUACGGCUGGACAAAGAACCCCCUCGUUGAGUACUACAUCGUCGAGACGUACGGCAGCUACAACCCGGCUUCUGCAGCAAGCAAGAAGGGCACCAUCACCACUGAUGGCGGCACCUACGACAUUCUUCAGACCACUCGUGUUAACCAGCCGUCGAUUGAGGGCACCAGCACGUUCCCCCAGUUCUGGAGCGUUAGGCAGCAGAAGAGAGUGGGUGGUACGAUUAAUGUCCAGGCCCACUUUGAUGCGUGGACGAAGUAUGGAUUGUCGUUGGGCAGCCAUGACUACCAAAUUCUCGCGACGGAGGGGUACCAGAGCAGUGGAUCUGCUUCCAUCACUGUCCAGGGCCCGUAG